AACAUUGCAGAAUGAUCCGCCAAUAAGCGGCUCGUGUUUUGUUAAAAAAUAUAAGAUUCGAGUUGAAAUACUCUGUAAAGAUCCCAUAUACGGUGAUCUUUUCAAACAUGCAUCGAAUCUGACAACAUGUCAACUAGUGCUUCUGCAUUCAGUGGCGAUGGAAAUGAAGUGAUCCAUAGAGAGGUUGAAACCAAAAAAGGGGAGAAAACGAGCGACCUGGAUAUUGAGGAAGUCUAUGAAGUCGCAAGAUGUGCUGGAUGGAUCAGGGAAAACAAUUUCAAAAAGGUAUCUCUGCAAUUUCCUGAUGAACUGCUUGUUGAUUCUGCCAGCGUAUCAACUCGUCUUCAGAACUUGACUGACGCCACAAUAUUCAUCCUUGGGGAUACUUCAUACGGAAGUUGUUGUGUUGAUGAAGUUGCUGCCCAGCAUUAUAGUGCCGAUGCCGUCAUCCACUUCGGCCACGCCUGCCUCAGUCCAACCCGAAGAUACCCAGUCCUUUAUGUAUUUGGUAGACGCCCUUUAGAUGUCCCUGACUGCUGUGAGAAGUUUAGACAACUAUUUCCAAAUCGUGACAAGAAAAUUGUUGUAUUGUAUGAUACGAUAUACCUUCAUGCUGUAGGUACUCUUCGUGAACUGCUGCUCAAGAGUCAUCCAGGUGUUGUUCUGUCGAAGUUGAAAGAUAUUUCAACUGACAAAACCGAAACAGAAAUCCAGGACACUGAUAUACAAUCAACUACAAAAUGUGGCAGAAAUUUCACUCAUGGUCAGAAUGCUAUUGAAGAGUAUUCCAUGUUCUAUAUCGGUGCUGAGAGUUUGACUUUGACCAAUUUGAUAAUGACAUUCAAUAAAUGUCAGUUUUAUACUUAUGAUCCAGAGACUAAAAAAGGCCGAAUGGAGACAGUGAAUGUGAACAGGAUGCUGGGAAAACGGUUUCGUAACAUUGACAUGGCAAAAGAUGCAAAGAUUAUCGGCAUCGUGGCUGGGACAUUGGGUGUUGCAGAUUAUUUAGAAAUCAUCAAUAGGUUAAAGUCGAUCAUCAAAGAAGCUGGGAAGAAGAGUUAUACAUUCGUCAUGGGCAAAGUUAAUGUUCCAAAGAUGGCAAAUUUCUUAGAAAUAGAUGUGUUUGUAUUAGUUGCAUGUCCAGAAAAUAGUAUGAUCGACUCGAGGGAGUUUUACAAACCUAUUCUGACUCCGUAUGAAAUGGAAGUGGCUUGUAACAGGAAUCGUGAAUGGGAUGGAACACUGCUUUCAGAUUAUAGAGAAAUAUUGCCAGGUGGUGCUGCUUUUGUUGAAAUGCCAGAAAAGAUGGAGGCCAUGACGGAUGUGUCUCUUGUGACAGGGUCAUUACGGACACUUGGAGUAAACAAGGAGGAUGCCGUGGUUAAAAACGAGUCGGCUAUCAUGAAGCGUAAUGAUAUGGGAGUGGUAGCCAAUGUGGGUGCUGCUGAUGCUGGGGAGUUCUUAAAAGCCAGAACUUGGCAAGGACUUGAAGAAAAGCUUGGAGAGACUCCAGUCAUAGCUGUUGAAGAAGGACUUAGUGGAAUAGCUGUGUCAUAUUCGCAUGGGAAACCUGAGGCAUCUUGAUGAGGAGUGAUGCAUUACUUAGAAAAAGUUGUGUUCGUUACAUGUGUUGGCAAGUUAAUAUAACUGUGGUGCUGGUGAGGUGUGUACAACAGUUGGAAUGUCAUACGAAAAAUUAGUAUGAAAUCAACAAAGUACUGAAACAAUGACUACAUCAAGUGUAGCCUGUGAAUUAAAGUAAGCUAUCCCUUCAUUCUGCUUGAGACUUUGUCCUCAAAGACCAAGUUGCUGUUACUUCACAAUAGAUUUUUGUAUGCAGGUUUAAAAAUCGGUAAUAAAAGCUGGAUAUCUUUUGAUGAAAUCACUACUUUCCUUAAUUCUAAUUUCCUGUGGGCCUUUGAUGAGGUUUCCAAAAAUCGGAUGAACUAUACAUUACUGUCAAUCCGACUAGUCAGAAGAAGAAAAAUUGAUACUUUGGACAAGGAUGGGUUGUUAUCCUCCCUGAAUCGGACACCACACUUCAGACAUCCAGUUAGCAAUACUCCUGACAAGGAAACCACUUCCAACCACUCCUGGCUUGGACAUCGCCUUUGGCCUACAUGUUUUACUCUGUGGAUAGGACACCUCAGUACCCAGGUUGUGAUUUUCCUGCAAAGAACACCACCUCCUGCCUGUAGUUUGUGGCACUCGAUGUAACAGACGCCAUACCGCAGAGUUCCCCCUCCAACCUAGCUUGACAUAGUCCAGCUGCCAAGCUUAGAAUUGUGCAUUUUAAUGGGGAAAGCAUGAAAUUUGGUAGGAUGGUAGAACAGCCCCUA